GCCUCCUGGGAGGGUGAGAAGGGCCGGCUGCUGGAGCGGGGCUGCGGUCUUCCCGGAGCGGGAGACCCUUCCUUGAAUCCGGCACUGGGACGUCUCGCCCUCUCGUGGCACCUGUUGCAGGUGACAGGCAAAUCUGGUGGCCUGGUAGCUUUGAAGAAAGAAGAGUAGAAGGAAAAACUAGGACAAGUCAUGUCGGAGAUACUUGAUCUCUCUUUUUUGUCUGAGGUGGAAAGGGAUUUGAUCCUCAGUGUUCUGCAACGAGAUGAGGAACUCCGAAAGGCAGAUGAGAAAAGGAUUAGGCGACUGAAGAAUGAGUUACUGGAGAUAAAACGGAAAGGAGCCAAAAGGGGCAGCCAGCGCUAUAGUGAUCGGACCUGUGCCCGGUGCCAGGAGAGCCUGGGCCGUUUGACUCCCAAGACCAACACUUGUUGGGGUUGUAAUCACCUGGUGUGUCGGGACUGCCGCAUUCAGGAAAGCAAUGGUACCUGGAAGUGCAAGGUGUGCACCAAGGAAAUAGAGCUGAAGAAGGCAACUGGAGACUGGUUUUAUGACCAGAAAGUGAAUCGCUUUGCUUACCGCACGGGCAGUGAGAUAAUCAGAAUGUCUCUGCGCCGCAAACCUGCAGUGAAUAAAAGAGAGACAGUGGAACAGUCUCUCCUUCAUCAGUCACAAUUGGGUGAUAUCUGGCCAGGAAGAAAGAUCAUUCAGGAGCAACAGAAGGAGCCCAGCAUGUCAUUUGAAGUGCCAAAGCUGAAAAGUGGAAAGAGUGCACUGGAAGCCGAGAGUGAGAGCCUGGAUAGCUAUAUGGCUGACUCGGAUACCAUGUCCAGGAGAGACUCUCUGGAUAAAUCUGGCCUCUUUCCAGAAUGGAAGAAGAUGUCUGCCCCCAAACCUCAAGUAGAAAAGGAAACUCAGCCUAGGGGUCAAAAUGUGGUAUCUGUGGACGAGGGUGAAAUGAUAUUCAAGAAGAACAACAGAAAAGUCCUCAGGCCUUCAGAAUAUACUAAGUCUGUGAUUGAUCUUCGCCCGGAAGAAGUGGGGCAUGAAAGUGGUGCCUUGGGAGACAGGAGCAAAUCUGUCCCAGGCCUCAGUGUGGAUAUGGAAGAGGAAGAAGAAGAAGAAGAUAUUGACCACCUGGUGAAGUUGCAUCGUCAGAAGCUAGCCAGAAGCAGCAUGAGAAGUGGUUCCUCUAUGAGUACGAUUGGCAGCAUGAUGAGCAUCUAUAGUGAAGCUGGUGAUUUCGGGAACAUCUUUGUGACUGGAAAGAUUGCCUUUUCUCUGAAGUACGAACAGCAAACACAGGCUCUGGUCAUUCACGUGAAAGAGUGUCAACAGUUGGCCUAUGCUGAUGAAGCCAAGAAGCGCUCAAACCCAUAUGUGAAGGCUUAUCUUCUGCCAGACAAAUCCCGCCAAGGAAAAAGAAAAACCAGCAUCAAGCGGGACACUAUUAAUCCGUUAUAUGAUGAGAUCCUCAGAUAUGAAAUCCCAGAAUCUCUCCUGGCCCAGAGGACUUUGCAAUUCUCGGUGUGGCAUCACGGUCGUUUUGGCAGAAACACUUUUCUUGGAGAGGCAGAGGUCCAGAUGGAUUCCUGGAAGCUUGAUAAGAAACUAGAUCAUUGUCUCCCUUUACAUGGAAAGAUCAGUGCUGAGUCCUCAACUAGCUUGCCAACACACAAAGGCGAGUUGGUGGUUUCAUUGAAAUAUAUCCCAGCCUCCAAACUCCCCAUUGGAAGUGACCGGAAAAAGAGUAAAGGUGGGGAAGGGGGAGAGCUCCAGGUGUGGAUCAAAGAAGCCAAGAACCUGACAGCUGCCAAAUUAGGAGGGACUUCAGACAGCUUUGUAAAGGGAUACCUCCUUCCCAUGAGGAACAAGGCCAGUAAGCGUAAAACUCCUGUGGUGAAGAAGACCCUGAAUCCCCACUAUAACCAUACAUUUGUCUACAAUGGUGUGAGGCUGGAAGAUCUCCAACACAUGUGCCUGGAACUGACUGUGUGGGACCGGGAGCCCCUGGCCAGCAAUGACUUCCUGGGUGGGGUCAGGCUGAGUGUCGGCACAGGGAUCAGUAACGGGGAAGUGGUGGACUGGAUGGACUCGACUGGGGAAGAAGUGAGCCUGUGGCAGAAGAUGCGACAGUACCCAGGGUCUUGGGCCGAAGGGACUCUGCAACUCCGUUCCUCAAUGGCCAAGCAGAAGCUGGGCUUGUGAGCCCUGUCCUUCUCUGCAGGUCCAUUCCUGUCCAGGGCAAGUCAGAGGAAGCGAAGAAACCAAGGGCGAAGAUUUACAAUUUUUUUGUGUGUGUGUAUAAAUGUGUAUUUCUACAGAUCUCAUUAUACUAGAGCCAUGUAGACUUCCCCUUUUUAAAGGAGGCUCAAGAAUAAGGGUCUCUUAAAAAUAUUUUUAUUUGUGCAUUAACUACUAUAUAUUUCCAGAGUCCAUGAUUCUUCUAUCUUUAUGAGAUUUAAUUAAUUUAUCUUUUAAAACAACUUUUUAAUCGCCUGUCUUGCUAUCCUGGUUCCUCCUUCCAUAGGAAGCCCUGGCUGCCUUUGGCACUUGUACUGGUCUGUGUUUCAGGGUGUGCCUGGUCUAAGGCCAAGGCUCUGGGAAGCAGGGGUGGUUUACUAAAGACAGAAGAAGAUUGGAGAGAGGUGACUUGGUCCCUUCUUUCUCCUCCACUUUAUGCUUUUCACUCCAUUUCUACCUUGACACAUUUCUGAAACUUGGCUUUUAACUCUUGUUGGAGCAGUUUCCACCUUGCUUGGGUCUAAUAGUUUUCCUGGAAAUGCUAAGAAGAUGUCUAAGUUGCUUCCAGUUUUGAACACCUUCCCUAGACCUCUGCAGGACCCUUAUAAUAGAGUCGCUUUAGAAGAGCACUUUAAUUAGAUAAUGGCCUUUGGACUAGGUCACAGGCAUGCCCAGUACAGGCUUCUCAGUGGUCCCAGAGGACCAGCAAUGGAGCAUCUCUCAGCCCGUGCUGAUUCUUUGCAUUUUAAACUGAUAUAGCAGUCAUUAGAAAGCUCAUAAUGAAAGAAAAGACAUACCAUAUACCACAUAUUGCUCCCACAUCUUUCAUAGCAUUUGUGUCCGCUGUGUGUUACAGUCUACACACUUUGACUGUGUGGAUCACAACAAACUGGAAAAUUCUUAAAGAGAUGGGAAUACCAGACCACCUGACCUGCCUCUUGAGAAAUCUGUAUGCAAGUCAAGAAGCAACAGUUAGAAGUAGACGUGCAACAACAGACUGGUUCCAAAUUGGGAAAGGAGUACGUCAAGGCUGUAUAUUGUCACCCUGCUUAUUUAACAUUUAUGCGGAGUACAUCAUGAGAAAUGCUGGGCUGGAUGAAGCACAAGCUGGAAUCAAGAUUGGCAGGAUAAAUAUAAAUAACCUCAGAUAUGCAGAUGACACCACCCUUAUGGCAGAAAGCAAAGAAGAACUAAAGAGCCUCUUGAUAAAAGUGAAAGAGGAGAGUGAAAAAGUUGGCUUAAAACUCAACAUUCAGAAAACUAAGCUCAUGGCAGCUGGUCCCAUCACUUCAUGGGAAAUAGAUGGGGAAACAAUGGGAACAGUGACAAACUUUAUAUUUUGGGGGGCUCCAAAAUCACUGCAGAUGGUGACUGCAGCCAUGAAAUUAAAAGACGCUUGCUCUUUGGAAGAAAAGUUAUGACCAACCUAGACAGCAUAUUAAGAAGCAGAAACAUUACUUUGAUGACAAAGGUCUAUAUAGUCAAAGCUAUGGCUUUCCCAGUAGUCCUGUAUGGAUGUGAGAGUUGGACUGUAAAGAAAACUGAGCACUGAAGAAUUGAUGCUUUUGAACUGUGGUGUUGGAGGAGACUCUUGAGAGUCCCUUGGACUGCAAGGAGAUCCAACCAGUCCAUCCUAAAGGAAAUCAGUCCUGAAUAUUCAUUGGAAGGACUGAUGCUGAAGCUAAAGUUCCAAUACUUUGGCCACAUGAUGCGAAGAACAGACUCAUCGGAAAAGACCCUGAUGCUGGGAAAGGAGGAGGAGAGGACAACAGAGGAUGAGAUGGCUGGAUGGCAUCACCGACUCGAUGUACAUGAGUUUGCACAAGCUCCAGGAGUUAGUGAUGGACAGGGAAGCCUGGCAUGCUGCAGUCCAUGGUGUUGCAAAGAGUCAGACACAACUGAUCAACUGAACUGAACUGUCGUAUCAGCCUGAAUUGCCAGCUAUGGUCUAAACCAGUCCAGUGUUUUCUCUAGGCUGGGCGCUGUUAGUGUCCAAGAGAGUGUGUUCAGAGAACACAGCUUUUCUGACCUCCUUCUUGAAGUGGUUUCAGUUCCUAUAUUUUUUCUCUUGUUUCCCAAAGUUGACCUAGAUGUAGCCUGGGUAUGGUGGGUUGAAACCUUCCUAAGAAGGGUCUAUUGACCUAAGAUUCAUUUUCUGAAACCCACUGUCCCAAACUGACCUUUUAAUUCUCACAGUUGUACCUUCCCAAAGUCAUCUGUAAAGGGAGUCUAUACCGGAGAAGAAGUUCCUUUCAGUAGAGUCAGCUGCCAGCUGCCUGCCCUAUGAGGCUGAGGGAUUCAGGGUGGAUACUGUGGUUUCUGUUGUAUGUAUGAAGUGAACAAAAUAGUAUUGGUGUGGAUUAAUAUUGUACUGCAAAGCAUAACUUGGGAUCCUGGACUGUCACUUGCUCCUUUGUUCUCCACCCCCACCCCCUCGAAAUGUCUGUGUGCUUCAAUAAAACUUUCUUCCUUGUCAA